UCCCCAGCGCAGUUCGCCCGGGCCCGCCCCCGGCGACAAGAUCGCUGGGAGGGGCCGAGGCGAAACCUGAGCCCCGCGCCCACCACCCUGGCUGACGACGUGGCUCCGCGGCCGGCCUCCCCCGGCAGCGCGGCGGCCAAUGGGCGCGUGAGCCGGGCCGCCCGCAGCUUCCCAGCCCGAGGCCCCGGGCGCGCCCCUCGGCUCGGGCGCUGGGCGGGCAGUGGCGGAGGGACUGGCCUGUCCCCUCCUCCGCGCCGGCCCCAGCCCCGCCGCCGCCGCCGAGCUCCAAGCCCCCAUUCCUGAGCUGCCGCUGCUAUCGCUCGCUCGGCGCCUCCCUCCCGGCCGCCCUCUCCUUUGGACGAUGGCGCGGGGUGGCCGUGGCCGCCGCCUGGGGCUCGCCCUGGGGCUGCUGCUGGCGCUGGCGCUGGCGCCGCAGGCGCUGCUGGCCAAGCCCACGGUGCGCAAGGAGCGCGUGGUGCGGCCCGACUCGGAGCUGGGCGAGCGGCCCCCCGAGGACAACCAGAGCUUCCAGUAUGAUCACGAGGCCUUCCUGGGCAAGGAGGACUCCAAGACUUUCGACCAGCUCACCCCGGAGGAGAGCAAGGAAAGGCUGGGGAAGAUUGUUGAUCGAAUCGACAAUGACGGAGAUGGCUUUGUCACUACUGAGGAGCUGAAAACCUGGAUCAAACGGGUGCAGAAAAGAUACAUCUUCGAUAAUGUCGCCAAAGUCUGGAAGGAUUACGAUAGGGACAAGGAUGAUAAAAUCUCCUGGGAAGAAUACAAACAAGCCACCUAUGGUUACUACCUAGGAAACCCCGCGGAGUUUCAGGAUUCUUCAGAUCAUCACACCUUUAGAAAGAUGCUGCCACGUGACGAGAGAAGAUUCAAAGCUGCAGACCGCGAUGGUGACCUGACCGCCACUCGGGAGGAGUUCACUGCCUUUCUGCAUCCUGAGGAGUUUGAGCAUAUGAAGGAAAUUGUGGUUUUGGAAACCCUGGAGGACAUCGACAAGAACGGGGAUGGGUUUGUGGAUCAGGAUGAGUAUAUCGCGGAUAUGUUUUCCCAUGAGGAGAAUGGCCCUGAACCAGACUGGGUUUUAUCAGAACGGGAGCAGUUUAACGAAUUCCGGGAUCUGAACAAGGAUGGGAAGCUGGACAAAGACGAGAUUCGCCACUGGAUCCUCCCUCAAGAUUAUGAUCAUGCACAGGCUGAGGCCAGGCAUCUGGUGUAUGAGUCAGACAAAAACAAGGACGAGAAGCUAACUAAAGAGGAAAUAUUGGAGAACUGGAACAUGUUUGUUGGAAGCCAAGCUACCAAUUAUGGCGAAGAUCUCACAAAAAACCACGACGAGCUUUGAUAGGCACUCAGCCCGAAUAUGGCAGACUGUCACAGGCAUUCUGUUAUUGUCUUGGAUGGUUGCUACAACUGUCUAAUUUCCAACAGUUGUGUUCCCACAAAAAGCAAGUUUAUACCUCAGACUGGGGUAUAAAAAUUGUUUUUCACUCAGUAUUUACUGGAAAAUGGACAUCACUAUUCUUUCAGUAAGAUUUCUCUCAAAAAACAUGAAAA